GUAGUAGUAGUACUACCGGCACAAGGAAAACGAAAGCAGCAAAAGUCACACAUACACUCUCUCUGCUACUACUACUCUUCUACUGCUCCACUCUGCUCUGCUCGCCGCUCCCAUUCCCUGCGGAUUCUAUCUCUCUCUUCUCCAAUUCGCGCGGGCUCGGGCGCCGCAUUGGCGCGAUCUCCGGAUUGUGAGGGGGUUUGUUGUCGAAUUGUUGGGGGAAUUGUGGGUGCUGGUUGGGCCGAUCUCGUCGCUGGAGCAGGAGGGGUUUCAGGAUCGGUGCGGUUCUGUGUGGUUAUUGGGGAUUGUUGUGAUCAAGAUUCGGCUUCUUGCGGUAUGGCGAGGAUGGGCGAAUUGAGGGGGAAUUGGAGCGAAUCUUGGGUCCCCAAUGCUUGAUCUCUGAUUCUUGGGAAGUACAUUCUCCAGAUUGGUGCGAUCCCGGCGUGAAUUUUGGGGAAUUUCUCGGAUCAAGAAUUUGGCCAACUGUCCCUGCAAGAAACAGGGGAAAUUGGGGGCCAAUCUGGUGCCAAUUGGGGAGUAAUUUGGAGGUGGAGGCGAUCGAUCCGGCCGGGGAGAUGAUUGCGGCGGUCGGCCGGGGACCGGAGGGAUGGGGGGAGGACGAGAUGUCCGUGCUACCGCGGCAUACCAAGGUGGUGGUCACCGGCAACAACCGCACCAAGUCGGUGCUCGUUGGCCUCCAUGGCGUCGUCAAGAAGGCCGUCGGGCUCGGGGGAUGGCAUUGGCUGGUGCUUACCAAUGGCAUAGAGGUAAAGCUGCAAAGGAAUGCUUUAAGUGUGAUUGAACCUCCAACUGGCAAUGAGGAUGAUGAUAAGUUUGACUGUGAGAACAUGCAGUGGAAUAGUUCAGAUCUGGCAUCCGAUGACGCACAAUCACCAAAGCCACAGAGGUCAAGGAGCAGGCAGCAUAGAGGGUUCCAGACCAAAUCCUUCAGCCGCUCCAUGUCUUGUGAUUCCCACUCCAAGGCGUCAUUUUCUUCCUCCUCAAGGGCUCACACGAAAGUUGACCUGAGCAAGCUGGAAAUGACUGCAUUAUGGAGAUAUUGGCGUCACUUCAAUCUCGAUGCUAGCCCUAACCCAUCCAGGGAGCAGUUAGUGGAUGCUGUCCAGAGGCACUUUGUGUCGCAGCAAUUGGAUGAGUUGCAGGUCAUCGUUGGUUUCGUGCAGGCUGCAAAGAGGCUGAAGACAAACGUGAAAGUGGCCUGAUGGAGAGAACUGGUUGUCUUCAACUAACAGAUUCAAGAUAGGAUGCAACAUGUUUGGUCAAUGUUGGCCAUGCUAUGUAAUAUAUGUGCAUGAGGCUGCUUAGAUUUGGAUGGCUAGAUUAAUGCACAACUAGAACUCUCUUGGUUCAUCGUCUUUAUGUUAGCUCCCUGUGAUGUAGAUAUGCAGUAUGCUGGCAAAGGAUCUUGCAACCUCUAGCUCAGUUAUCUCCUGCUGACUGGAUGUGAAUUGACAUGACAAAUUAUAAAUCAGCUUCUCAUAUUUACCCAA